UCGAACACACACACUUGGUGUGGGCGUGAACUAAAUAAACACACAUCCACACUGAAUCAUACAAACGUUUCCGCCGUUAAGUUCAUAAACGUGUGUGUGUGUGUGUGUGUGUUUAUUCACACAUAAGAGCGCAAAAUAGAUCUGGAAGCAGACUUUACACGCAUCUGUCUCUUUAAAACACCCAGAUUUUCCCGCUGUUUGGUUCACAAUCUCUCUUUUGCCGCUUUAUCCCCCGUUGCUUCUUAAAAACAAACCUCAAGAAGGAUCGAUUCAACCGUGUGCUUUUAUUAUUGUACGUUUUGUUGUGUCGCAUAACUGCUUUUCUCGUAAGGAGGUAUCAUCUACAUUUUGAAAGCGUUCAAUUAACUUGUAACGUACUACAAAACAUGACGUGUGUGACGUCACUCAUCAUCGAACAACUAUUUUUGCCGCAAUAUCUUGAAUAUUAGGCCCUGCUUGCAUUUAUGGAGCCGUACACAACUUAACGCUGAUUUGUAGUCGUGUUCUACGCAAACGAAGUAGUUUCGCUCCGGAACAUGGCACCCGCGGCGACACUACAAAGAGAAUAAUAGCUCCGCCUACUUCAUUUGCAUAAAGGGAGAAAGCUACGUUUGAAACGACCGCUUUAAAUAUUUCAUUUAAUUCCUAAUCCGUCUUUGUGCGUGUUGUAGCGCGAGUGAUGGCAGCGUCUCAUCUUCUGGAUGAACGAGAAGACGACGGACCCAACGGAGGCUAUCACGUCACGGUGACCAUCGAGAACAGGCCACGCCCCCAGGCCACGCCCACCGGUCGGACACGCCCCUCCGCGCUGGCGUCCAGUAGAGAUGAGGUAGACUUACAAUCAGAACGCAGCAAGCCGGCGCGUUUAGUGCGGGGUUUCCGUAAAGCCUUGCGGAAAAACCAGGACUACGUCCGCAUCGCCGUCCCGGAGUCCAGCGGCUCUCGGCUGCCGUCGGAGUGGUGGAAGACGGGAGUCGCGUUCAUCUGGGCCGGGUUCAACCUCGUCCUCACCACCGUCAUGAUCACCGUCGUCCACGAGAGAGUCCCGGAUAAAUCCGUCAGCCCGCCGUUACCGGACAAGUUCUUCGAUUACGUGCCGCGCAUGGAGUGGGCGUUCUCCGUCACCGAAGUGAACGGCAUGAUCCUCGUGGCUCUGUGGUUCGUUCAGUGGCUCUUCCUCAAGCACAGGGCGAUCGUGGGCCGGAGGUUUUUCUUCCUGCAGGGGACGCUGUAUAUGUACCGGAUGGUGACCAUGUACAUCACCACGCUCCCUGUUCCCAGCAUGCACAUGGACUGUGCCCCGAAGCUCUACGGUGAUUCUCACGGAAAGAUGAAGCGUGUUCUUCAGCUGGUUUCUGGAGGAGGUUUGUCCAUCACCGGCUCUCACCUCAUGUGUGGAGACUUCCUGUACAGCGGCCACACGGUCAUGCUGACCCUCACCUUCCUCUUCAUCCAGGAGUACUCUCCUCGCUCGAGGCUGUGGCGUUGCUAUCACGCGCUGUGCUGGUUGCUAAGCGCGGUGGGCGUGGUCUGUAUCCUGGUGGCACACGAGCAUUACAGCGUGGACGUGGUGGUGGCGUACUUCAUCACCUCACGCCUCUUCUACUGGUACCACACCAUGGCCAACAACCAGGCCUUGAGAGGAUCUCCUCGGAACUACCUCAGCCGGACGUGGUGGAGCCACGCGUUUCACUUCCUGGAGAAGAACGUCAAGACGCCGGUUCCCUGCACGUUCUCCUGGCCGCUGGCGUUUCCGGCGGCGUGCUUCAAGAACCCGUGCAAGAGCUACUCGAUGGUGCAGAGCGCGCGGGACGAGUGAGGCGCUUUCUCCAAUCACACGCCGCUCAGGGACGGAUUUGUUUUAUAAGUGUACAGUUUUUACUUUUUUAAUUUAUUUGCGCAUUACCUUGUAAAGAAAACGUGGCGUUUUACAAAUAUGGCAAAAAAUAAAUAUUUUCUUCAACUUUGG